AUGUCAACUGUGCCCCUGAACCGAUGGGGACACUCGCUUCUUGUGGGGAUCGAGGUGGCAGAUGGCACAAUUCACAGGCAGAUGGCAUUCGAGUACUUGACGAAGCCCUCAUGGGACAGGCGGCAUGCGCUGGCUGUCAUUCUUUUUGGCUUGCGAGUGCUCUUCUACGUUGUUCUUACUGUGUUCGUUUGGUUUGCUGUGCUCUGGGCCUUGCAAUCUUGGAACUAUGGCGGGCCUCAAUGGCGCAAUCUCCCCAUUUUUGCGGCUGUUACAACACGGUACAUCUGUGCCGUAAGUAUGCCGCUGGGCGGCUUACUCAUGGUCUACGGGCCAUUCCUGAACCAAAUGUCGGGGCAAGUUCUUUCACUUCGAGCUCAGAGUUGGAAUUCUGAAGCUGGCAGUUUGCGGGUAGCGUAUCGGUGGGCAUUGGCUUGGAUGUUGCCGAUGCUUGUCUCUUCGGCGAUGGCUUGUGUUUCUACGAGCUGGAUCGAUGCAUGUCAUCAUUACUUUUGCCAGGACCUUCAGCUGCGUCGAUUCGGCAUCGAAGCCGGUGGCUUUGCCGCGGCCAGCCUUUUCUACAUUCACUGCUUGGUUUGGUGGCGUGCUGAACACAUACCUGUCCAGAGCCAAAUGAUUUCGUCUCAGUUGCAUGCGACGGAUGAUGUGUUAUUGACGAUGCUUCUUCGCCUGGCGUGGAAUCUUGCAUGCUGGGCAGUGCCGGUCCUUCUUGGUUUUGGCUUCCUGUGCUUGUUUCAGUCUCGACAGCUCUUGGAGAAUUUGCUUUUCACCUUGGGCUGCCUCGUCUUCGUCCUGGUUACUGGGGCAUGUUCGCGUCAGCUCUCCUCGAAACAAGCUUGGAUAAAGGCUCUUGCAAUCUUCAUCUCUUUCACCUGCCUUCGGCUGGCCGUAUGGGUCAGCAGGAGUGUUGAAGCUGAAGGCGCUGUGAUAAAGAUUGACCCCACAACUUCGCUUGCCGAGUGUGCGAAGAACGACAACGGAACAUGUCGCAUCAACGUUGAGAGUGGCCAGUGGAAAGCUCAAGAGUUUAACGUGCUCCUUCUAUAUACAACCGCUCUGCCUGCGAGCCUUGCGCUAGCUUGGGAAGCACUGAGGCCCUCAACUGAAGCAGCCGACCAGCUUCCAGGGCCGUGGGAAUGGAUUCUGAAGAUCCUUUUCGCAACGUUUGUACCAGCGUCAAUCGCCAGCUUGUGGGGCCUAACAUACCUGCAUGAGGACGUUGACCCCUUGGCAGUGGAGAUUCUCCUCUUCGUGCUUACAGGCCUUGUUGGCUGCUUCUUCCUGCGGCAGAUGCACUGGCGCCUGCACUUCUGGACGAAGCUCCAUGGCUCGUCGCAGCUUCGCACAGAGUUUGUGGUUGCGCCAUCUGGAAAGCCGUCCCCCCACCCCAGCCUCCGCCGGGCAGCUCAAGUGUCCAAAGUUGCCGGCAACCGUGCCAAGGUUCUGCACAUGAAGAAGCCUUUGCCAGGAUGGCCCGGCAUGCUGGACAUCAUGCCGAGGCUAGAUGCUUUGUUGAUGAUGAUGCAGUCCACAGUCCUUCCAUUCUAUUAUAUGUUUUGGUCAGCAGCUCUCAGAGAGAAGAGCCGCCUGUGUAGCAGCGUGCCUUUUCUUCGUCAACGCGACGUGACGUCCCUGUCAAGGAUCUCAGUUGCAUUUCUUACUGGUAAGGCCUUCUUGUUGAUAGUCAUCAUCCUCGCUCCCGUGAUUUUUGGUGAGCAGUAUGUGCACUACGAGCCAGUACAAGAUGUUGCUGGCCAGGCGAUGGAGCAUGUCGUUCAAAGAGAUCUUGAGAUGGCCCAUCUUAGGCAGCAUGCAAUGUUUCUCGGUGAACUUGGAUAUGGUUGGUGGUCUGGCACGUCCGAAAUGUAUCGCCACGUCUUCAUCUUGCUCACUGCAGCAUGCGCUGCCCUUGCAUUUUGCUGGUACUGGAGCGGCAUGUUUUCGAUUCUGGAUUGUGUGUUUCAAUCUUUUGCAGUUUGGACAAUAACCCAUGCUGAGAUUCGAAAAGUGAUCCUCAUGCGGGAUGCUCAGCCUGGAGAGUGGUGCGCUUUUCAAGCCAGUGCGGCACCGUGGCUCCAACGAGGGAUCUUGCUGCUGUUUCUGCACGCAGUUCCAGCGCUUCUCACAGCAUGGAGUUCCUGCUGGGCCUAUCUACACAACGGAGCAAGUUUUCUUUGGCUCCAGAUGCUGAUUGUAGGAACGUUGCCCGGGCCUGGAAACAUGCUUGCAGUAUCAGCUGCGAACUUGCAAGAUUCGCUUGAACACAGUGCCUGUUUGCUGGACCAGCACUCUGGAAGGGUUUUCUUUUCAUGUCUUGCAACUGCGCUGACGCUUCUUUCAGCCCCCGAAGAUGCGAGUUUGACGGAUAUCAUUUGGUUUACUCUGCAGUUCUUGCUGCAGCUGAAAAGUCCCUUAGAUGGCUACGCGCUUCGCCUCAAGCGCAUCGGUGCCAUCGCCGCAGAGCUUGCCAAGGCCCAUACGGCAGAAUAUGAGCCAGUCAUCUUUGAAGCGGGAGCUGCCCGUAUCAUCCCAGAGAUGCGGUAUUUUGGCUGCUUGCCUGGCUUAAGCAAGAUCGAGAUCGACUCGGCAUUUACGGUGAACGAAGUGGAGCGUUAUCAGAGAAGCUAUCCAUCUUUGGGUGCUUGGGCGGACGUUGAGCUGAGGUUCGAUUUCAGAGAGGUCUGGGUCACGAGCCGGCUGCAGAGGCCGAGGUUGGCGGUAUCUUUCAGCUUCCAGGUACGCGGCACUCGAACCUGCUAUACCGAGUUUUCUUUUUAUGGUGACCUUCCGGAUCCACCAACCUUCGAUGGCCAGUGGCGGCUGUGGCCGAAGGGGUAUGAAAGUGGGAGCUGUUCGCCACAGCUUGUGUUGAACGCGGAGUCCAUGAAACUGCUAAAAGGCGGUGCCGUCCGCAUGAACGGCUCCCUUUGGGUGCGCGCAGGGCCUGCAGGAUUCCUAUCAGGUCAAUGUGAAGAUCGGAUCAUACUCACGACGAUGGAAUGGUUCGGCAAAACGUCCGGCACCAUCGUCUUGGACUUCCAGUCUAAAACAAGGCGAAUAGAAUUCGCCGGCAAGUGGACCACAGACAACAGUGAAGGCUUCGGAGUUUUCCGGCUGAGUGCACCGCUUCUAUUGUGGCGGGCUGAUGGAGGUGCACGUAGAGUUGAGCUUAAAAAGCUGCACUUUUUUGACAGUGUAAUGCCCCUGCAGCCCCCGCAUCUGGGCAGAACGUACGGCGCUCAACACGUGCAAUGCAAAGUGUGCCUUAGAGGAGGCAGUGAAUAUUUGUUGACCCCGUGUGUCAAGAAGAUCACCACCAACUGGCGGCAAGUCUUCACAGGUGAGUCCGUGGGAUCCAUGGAGAACGUCGUGACGAUGGCAGAUCCAGGAGAUGAAGUGCGCAGAGGGGAGGGCGACCUCCUGGAGUACGAAGAAGUCGAUGCAACCGGCGCAGUUAUCCCAUCGGACCGAAUUUAUUUCUCCAGUGAGAAAAUGCAGAUAACUGAUGCCAAACUCACCAUACAUGCUUCAACGAGAAGCUUUGGGGAGAAGAAGUGGGCCGACCUUUGUCGCAACCCCGGGUACGCUUCUGCGGCUCAGGAUGCGGGGUACUAUGAUGACUCAGUGCACUUGAUGGCGCCAAGCCACAUUUUUGAGAUGAUGUGGCCAAGAUCCAUGCCAAACGAAACAAGCCUUAAAGACGACGUGACAAAUACGGAGGACAUUGAUGUUUGCAAUGCCGCUGGCUGCGAGACUCCUUGCUGUCUGCGCAGUGAGGUCGCCGAGUGUCAGCAGAAUCUUGAUGAUCUCUCGAUGACUGCAAUGGUUUGGCCAGGCCUGCCGGAAUGUGCCGCGACAGCAGCCUCCCGUCCACCACCUCCCUGUCCUGGUUGUGAGAUGCCAGCUUCCGUGCCUUGGGGUGCAGAGGCUUUACUCGGCCCUCGGCCGCAGCAGAAUUAUAUUCGUCGUGCUGACUCAGGGAAUGCCAUGCCACCGGCACCCUGGGAGGCCGACAUUUUCCUGGCGGGUUCGUCGAAGGCCGAGCCUGCUGAGGGCAUGGGAGAUUGCUCCGAUGCCGCAGUUUCAAGUCUUGUUCCCACCUCUCUUGGCAAGCCUUCUGCGAAGCACAAAGCGAAGGCAGAGGGUCGGUUGAAAUGA